AUACGGGCGACCGCACCGGUGAGCCGAGUGCAGUUCGGAAGUGAUGGCCGAUGUUCGUGGAAGCUUCGAAUUUAGCAGGAGGAGAGCGGCAGGCGGUUUAGAAAAUGAUCAUUGUAAGAAGAACCUUUCUGCGCGGUCUCUUUCGAUCAUCGUGGAGUCCAGGGCCCCGGCUCGUCGUAGAACCUACUGUUGGGAUGUGACGCGGAGCGAGCGAGAGGCGGAGGUGGAAGGUGGGAAUCACUCCCACGUUUUUGUCGAUGUGGGAAUUUCCGCAUUUCCGCAUUUGCGCAUUUGCGCAAUUCCGCAGUUGCGAGUUUACCUGCGAGGGUGCAUGGUUCCGGGCACGCAGAGGGGAAGGGGUCUUGGCUGUUCGAUCCAUGAGCGAUGGGACUUCGCAUCCAAAUCACCUCCUCCUCCUGCUGGUCCGCUGCAGGAGCAGAGAAGGGCCGUCCCGGCUCCUUCUCCGUCUAAACGCCACGUAAUUCAGGGGACAGGCCUAAUAAUUUCGGAAAACUGAUUUGUGCCUGUCCUUCUUGUCCACCGCAAGCGUAGUCCUGCCUCGCCCUCGCCUGUCCAGUCCGGUGCCUCCGUUCUAUAUCCAUUUUACUGUCAAUUCUGCGAUGGAUCCGAUCCGUUUGGAGGUUAUUUGUCGCGGCGUGCACCUUCCGGAAUUACGCGUGUAGCCAUAGGCCAACCGCUGUCAAAUAAGGCUGAAGAUUUUAGUCUGUUUGCAAGAACUGGCAGGCAUUUGAUUCUCGAUCCUCGGAUCGAUCGAACGACCUAGGAACCCCACUGUCUUUUUGCAACCCCAUCGUCUUUUGGUCCUUACCCGUUCAUCGCCUUAACUUACUUUUGCAGAUACUCUUCGUGGGAGAAUGUUGUAUGGCCCUGCUGAAAGAUUUUUCCGAGUCUACCUAACAACUGCAUGAACGAAAUCUAGAUUUCCGGUACUGGAUACACAAAUCUGGAUGGAAUGAUCAACAGUAUGUGCGCCUCUGUAGAAAUUCAGAUCUCGGGAGCCCUUUAUCAUCUUGUGUCAUGAUCAAAGACUCGGAGUGAUGCUUGAAUAGAUUCCUUGGUCCACCACCAGAUCUACAGCAUCAACAAGCUCAUGGCCAAGGCAAAACCUCCUUUCAUAUGAAAAGUGAGGGCUUCUCAAACGACAUGAAACUCUCAUGGCUAACGUUAUUGGUCCUCUAAUUUCAGACGAUUAUUUGACUCAAUCGUUGGAUGUCGCGCAAAUCUAGGCAGAGAAACUUUUUCUCUUCUUCCAGAGGCAGGUGGAUCCGAAAAGAUACAUCGUCCUUACGUGGAACAUGAUUUUCUUUCUCUAUGCGAGCACCACAUGAAGAAAGAAAAGCACGAACCGCUCGAUUGGUGCGGGCUAAUGCGAAUAAGUCAAUUCGAGCUCGUAUUUCUACGAGCUUGAAUUGUUUUAUUCGUCGAGCUUCCGGAGUCCAACUCGCUUGCGUAAAUUCAUCACGAUGAAGUUUCCUACUUUCUGAGCUUUGUUUGACCAGGUUUUGGGUUAACGGCCAUUCACAAGAAUUUUUAUGCUUUUUCCAGUGCCUUGCGAAAGGAAUAUUAUGCUUGGCGUCGAAGAUUUGCAAGGUACGCGUCUGGUUUGAAAGGCUAGCUGACAACACCACUCUGAUACAACUUUUAGGUUAUGACAUUCGAGUUCCAAAAGUCAGACGUUUGAUUGGGCAUCUACUGAGUUUACACUGAACGUUUGAUUUUAUUGAUCUGUAUGCAUUCACGGUUAUAUGAAGCUCAGAUCACAAGCAGUUGCUGUAAAGACAACCAAAAUUCACUUUGGCUUUUCUCAUCCGAAUACGGCUGGAUAUUUUUAGGACAUCAAAUUAUUCUUUUCCGGAGGUUAGUAAAGAGGUUAAGCUGCACUGACUGCUUCUGGGUCCACCUACAACAAGUCCAGAUCCAAUGCAAAGUUGCAAACUGUUUUCGCUCUCUCUCCGUCCGACUCUGCUCUCAUGCACAAGGAGGAGAGAGAAGCGGCGAGAACGGCAAGAUCUUUUUGGGAAACGCACUCCUAGAGCCUAUUGAUCUUGUAUGUUGCAGUCUAGGGGCCAAGCAGCUUUUUGGGUGAUAACUUUACACGGCUGACUGUCAUUGACACUGGAACAGAUCUUCAGCCAUCUCUUGCUUUCACGAGUGGUGAAUUCAUUUAAAAUUUACUGUUUCACCUCC